GAAGUUAACCUCUCGCUGGUUGCACUUAGAGCUGUAAUCACCCUCACUUCACCGCAGACAGGCGGAGGAAACCGACGGGGCUGGACAUCGGAGGUUGAUGGAGCCCAGCAUGGAGAACUGCCUGGCCCAGGUUCUGCAGAAGGACGUGGGCCGACGGCUGCAGGUGGGCCAAGAGGUCAUCGAUUACAUCCUGGACAAGGAGAAGUCCCACGACCUGGAGCAGGACCAGACGGCGCUGGACAAGAUGGUGGAUGGCAUCGCCAGCUCCUGGGUCAACUCCAGCAACUUCAAGGUGGCUCUGCUGGGUUUGGACCUCCUCUCAGCCUUAGUGACCAGGUUACAGGACAGAUUCAGGGCCCAAGUGGGAACGGUUCUGCCCAGCCUUAUCGACCGUUUGGGGGACGCCAAAGACCAAGUUCGAGAACAAGACCAAACGUUGCUGCUAAAGAUCAUGGAGCAGGCUACCUCCCCACAGUACAUGUGGGACCGAAUGUUGGGAGGCUUCAAACAUAAAAACAACCGAACCAGAGAAGGAGUGUGCCUUUGUCUCAUCGCCACGUUGAACACAUAUGGAGCUCAAGGCCUGACGUUAAGUAAAAUCGUUCCUCAUGUGUGUAACCUCCUGGGUGACCCAACAGCUCAGGUGCGAGACGGAGCCAUGAGCUGCCUGGUGGAGAUCUACAGACACGUGGGGGAGAGGGUGAGGCUGGACCUCAGCAAGAAAGGCCUUCCUCAGUCACGGUUGAAUGUAAUCUUCAGCAGAUUCGAUGAAGUCCAAAGAUCCGGGAACAUGAUCUCAUCCUCUGGUUCAGAUAAAAACUUUGAGGAUGAGGACUCAGUGGAUGGAGGCAGGUCCUCCUCCUCCUCCUCCUCCAAAGCUCCCCCUGGUGGAAGGAGGCCUGUGGUGAGCUCUGUCAGGAGACCCAGCUCUGCCUCCUCCACAAAGUCCACAGGUAAAGAAGCAGGAGCUGGAGCCGUGGACGAAGAGGACUUCAUUAAAGCCUUUGAAGACGUGCCCUCAGUCCAGAUCUACUCUAACAGAGAGCUGGAGGACCAGCUGACAAAGCUCAGAGAAGUUCUGUCCGAUGAUAAACACGACUGGGAGCACCGGGUGGUCGCUCUGAAAAAGGUCCGUUCGCUCAUGCUGGCCGGAGCUACCGAUUAUGAAGGUUUCCCUCAGCAGCUGCGACUCCUGGAGGCCGCCUUCAAGAUGUCAGCUAAAGACCUGCGGUCUCAGGUGGUCCGGGAGGCCUGCAUCACUCUGGGACAUUUGUCCUCGAUACUGCGUAACAAGUUCGACCACGCGGCGGAGAGCGUCAUGCCCAUUCUGCUCAACCUGGUGCCCAACAGUGCCAAAGUCAUGGCCACGUCAGGAGUGGCUGCCAUCCGCCUCAUUCUCAGGCACACGCACUACCCUCGUCUUAUUCCCAUCAUCACCAGUAACUGCACCUCCAAAUCUGUUGCCGUCAGACGGCGCAGUUACGAGUUCCUCGACCUCAUGCUGCAGGAGUGGCACACAAACACAUUGGAAAGACACGUAGCGGUUCUGACCGAGACCAUCAAGAAAGGGAUCCACGACGCCGACUCCGAGGCCAGGUCCAUCGCCAGGAAGUGCUACUGGGGCUUCCACGGCCACUACAGCCGGGAGGCGGAGCUUCUAUUUCAGGCGCUGGAAUCCACCUAUCAGAAGGCUCUGCAGUCGUACCUGAAGAGCUCGGACAGCGUCGUGUCACUGCCUCAGUCCGACCGCUCGUCUUCGUCCUCCCAGGAGAGUCUGAACCGACCGAUGUCUGUGAAGAGCGUCAUUAGUGGGAGCAUAACGAGGACUCCCGGUAAGCUGGCGGGCUCCAGGGUCCCCACCACGCCAGGCUCGCUCCAGCGUUCCCGCAGCGACAUCGAUGUGAACGCCGCCUCCAGCGCCAAGUCUCGUCUGUCCACCGUCCCCGCCUCCUCGCCGUUCAGCUCUGCAGCCACCCUCCCCCCGGGAUCGUACGCCUCGUUGGACGGCGCUCCUGGUAAAAGUGAUGGUCGAGUUCGCACCCGGAGACCAAGCUCGGGCAGUGUGGGCGGAGCUAGUUCAUCAGUCGUGGAUAGCAGGGGACGUAGUCGAGCUAAAGUGGUCUCCCAGUCUCAGCCUGGCAGUCGCUCCAGUUCUCCGGGCAAGCUGCUGGGUCAGAGCGGCUAUGGUCGGAUCCCCAGGGCCACGGCGUCCGUUUCCAGUACGCCGGCGGACAAACGCAGCAAAAUCCCUCGCAGCCAAGGCUGCAGCCGGGAGACCAGCCCGAGCCGAAUGGGCCUUGCCCGGAGCCGAAUUCCCCGCCUCAGCAUGAGUCAGGGUUGCAGUCGCGACACGAGUCGCGAGAGCAGCCGUGACACCAGCCCUGCUCGGGGCUUCGCUCCUCUGGAUCGGUACAGUGUGAUCCACCAAGCGAGGAUUUCUGCGUCCGUUAACGCCAUGAGGGUUCUGAACACCGGCACUGAGGUGGAGGCGGCGGUGGCCGACGCUCUGAGGAAGCCGUUGAGGCGGCGGUACGAGUCUCCUGGAAUGUAUUCCGAUGACGAUGCUAACAGCGAUGCUUCCAGCGCCUGCUCUGAGCGCUCGUAUAGCUCGCGAAAUGGAGGCAUCCCUCAUUACCUGCGUCAGACGGAGGACGUGGCCGAGGUCCUCAACCACUGCGCCAGCUCCAACUGGUCUGAGAGGAAGGAGGGCCUGCUGGGUCUCCAAAACCUCCUCAAGAGCCAAAGAAUACUCAGCCGAGUGGAAUUGAAGAGACUCUGUGAGAUCUUCACAAGGAUGUUUGCAGAUCCACACAGUAAGAGAGUGUUCAGUAUGUUCCUGGAGACUCUCUUGGACUUCGUCACAGUCCACAAGGAGGACCUGCAGGACUGGCUGUUUGUCCUGCUCACCCAACUGCUGAAGAAAAUGGGUGCAGAUCUACUCGGCUCAGUCCAGGCCAAAGUCCAGAAGGCCCUGGAUAUCACCAGGGAGUCAUUUCCGUUUGACCAGCAGUUCAACAUCCUGAUGAGGUUUAUUGUGGAUCAAACUCAGACGCCAAACCUUAAGGUGAAAGUGGCCAUUUUGAAGUACAUAGAGACUUUGGCCCGGCAGAUGGAUCCAGCAGACUUUGUUAACUCCAGUGAGACUCGCCUCGCAGUAUCUCGGAUCAUUACUUGGACCACAGAACCCAAAAGUUCUGAUGUCAGGAAGGCGGCCCAGGUGGUUCUGAUCUCGCUGUUCGAGCUGAACACGCCAGAGUUCACCAUGCUGCUGGGAGCCCUGCCCAAAACCUUCCAAGACGGCGCCACCAAGCUGCUCCACAACCACCUGAAGAACUCCAGCAACACCAGCAGCAACGUGGGUUCUCCGAGUAACACCAUGAGCCGGACGCCUUCACGCCACACUCCCAGCAGGACGAGCCCCCUCACCUCACCCACUAACUGUUCCCACGGAGGGCUUUCACCGAGUCGGGUUUGGGGUUGGGGGGUCGACGGGCUGUCAAAGCACCCUCCAGCCCCUCCUCCACCCCCUCCGCCUCACUCCACCCCUGCAGCCCCCUCCCUCAGGGUCCUGCGCAGAGCGUUUUCACCCAGCAUGAUGGAGUACGACACGGAGAACAUGAACUCCGAGGAGAUCUACAGCUCGCUUCGAGGCGUCACCGAGGCCAUCCAGAACUUCAGCUACCGGAGCCAGGAGGACCUGAACGAGCCGGUCCGACGGGACGGGAAGAGGGACGAUGCAGCGGGGAGAGAAGGAGUCACCUCGUCUCCUGGUUCUGAUGCCCGUCUGGGUUUGGACGUGUUGGAGAGCGGGCGCACCGCGUUGGACAACAAGACCUCGCUGCUCAACACGCCGUCGCCGCGCUCCUUCGCCGGUCCGCGCAGCCGGGACUUCUCCCCGUACGGUUACGGAGACACCAUCUGCACCUACGAUAAGAGUGCCCUGAAGGAAGCCGUGUUUGACGACGACGUGGAGCAGUUCAGAGACUUUGGUCCGGACCACUCGGACCUGGUGGCCGACGUCCUGAAAGAGCUGUCCAAUCACAACGAGCGCUCCGAGGAGCGUAAAGGAGCCCUGGUGGAGCUGCUGAAGAUCACCCGGGAGGACAACACGGCGGUGUGGGACGAACACUUCAAAACCAUCCUCCUCCUCCUCCUGGAGACGCUGUGCGAUAAAGAUCACACCAUCCGAGCUCUGGCCCUGCGCGUGUUGAAGGAAAUCCUGCGGAACCAGCCGGCCCGAUUCAAAAACUACGCGGAGCUGACCAUCAUGAAGACACUGGAGGCUCACAAAGACUCUCACAAGGAGGUGGUGCGAGCGGCCGAGGAGGCGGCGUCUACGCUGGCCGGCUCCAUCCACCCCGAGCAGUGCAUCAAAGUUCUGUGUCCCAUCGUCCAAACGGCCGACUACCCAAUCAACCUGGCUGCCAUCAAGAUGCAAACGAAGGUCAUUGAACGCAUCGCCAAGGAGUCUUUACUUCAACUGCUGCCCGACAUCAUCCCAGGACUGCUGCAGGGCUAUGAUAACACAGAGAGCAGCGUUCGCAAGGCCAGCGUGUUCUGUUUGGUGGCCAUCUACUCUGUCAUUGGAGAGGAGCUCAAACCCCACCUGGCUCAGCUCACGGGCAGCAAGAUGAAGUUACUGAACUUGUACAUCAAACGGGCCCAAACCACCAACAGCAACAGCAGCAGCUCCUCAGAUGUUUCCUCCCACAGUUAACGCACCGAGGGCUGCUGGGGUUACCGGUACCGAGGGGUCCAAACCCGGCUGCUGCUGCUGGUUUCACCGGACGUGUUCGCCUCCACGUGACUCCAGCUCUGCCGUCGUUCCCUCCUGAGGUGGACCCGUUCUCCCGUCUGUCCCAUAGUUUCU